AUGACAACACACGAGCUCGGGUCUUCUUGUAAGUCUUUGCAAUGGCAAGAACUAGUUACUCUGGAAUGCCAUUUGCUCGACGGCUCUUCAACAUGUGUCACUAUUCAAGUUCAGGAAGGAUAUGAUAAAGAUAUUCAAAGAAUUCGGAUUAUCUUUGAGAAAGUAUUAUAUUUACUCUUCUACCAUCCUUUACUUAUACUGUUUAACUGGUCAUAUAUACAGACCAUCUUCACACCAAAUGGAAAGGUACCCAAAAACUUCUACCUCAGCCAGCAGGAAGUUGAAGCGCUGGAUGCUGAAUUAAGGGAAGAGAAUCAAAGAGCCCUCCUUACACAUUAUGCUAAAAAUUUACCUAUACAAUGUAAAACAAUAUCUGGAGCACCACGAUACUGUGAAAAGUGUAAAUGUAUCAAACCAGAUCGUUGUCAUCAUUGUUCUGUUUGUUCUGUUUUAAAAUUUAAUGAUUUCUGUCCUUGGGUGAAUAAUUGUGUUGGUUUUUCCAAUUACAAAUUCUUCAUACUCUUCCUUGGUUAUUCUCUACUAUACUGUCUUUAUAUUGCUGCCACCUCUUUGCAGUAUUUUAUAGAAUUUUGGACAGUUAACAGCAAUACUCCUACAGCUGGGAGAUUCCACAUUCUUUUCUUGUUCUUUGUCUCAGUAAUGUUUGGUUGCAGUCUUAUUUCACUAUUUUGCUACCACAUAUUUUUGAUUCUUCGUAAUAGAACAACACUUGAGGCGUUCCGAGCUCCUAUUUUCCAAACAGGUCCAGAUAAAGAUGGUUUCAAUAUUGGAAAAAUGAACAAUUUUAUACAAGUUUUUGGUGAUAAUAAAUAUAAAGUAGCUUUGCCAGUUUACACAAGUUGUGGAGAUGGUGUGUCUUACCGCUCUAGAACCUCUACAGGAAGCUGCUAUCAGACUAUGGGCACAAGUGCUGGGUUAUGUCUACCAUCUCAUCUACGUGAAUCUGAAUGUACUCUUGUCAUAGAACCUAACAACGGAGAUUAUUAUGAUGAUGAGCCACGACCCCUUACUUCAUGAUUAUUUACAGACCGUCCCACCACUACCACCACCACCACCACCACUGUCUAGGUUACUUUGUAUAUUGUAACCAUGGCAACAACAAAGUUAUCUGUCUUUUCUUUGUUUCUUUGGAGUUUUUUCUUUGUUCAUUUCAUUUGUAUGAAACCUCUUUUUUUUUACCUUCAAAAUAUUCAUUUAUUUUCAAAUUAUUCUAAUGAAGGAAUGACAUAAAACAAAUGACAUUUGAUAAAAUAACUAUAACUUAUCUCCCAAUUCAUUUUUUUUCCUUCUGUUUUGUCAUCCUACUACAUCACACAUAUGCACGCGCACGCACACACAUACACACACACACACACCAGCUCCAUCAAUAGCUGGGACCAUAGACUUCGGUUAACAUUCUCAAUUGCUAACUAAAAUCAAUGCUGCUUGUUUCUGUAACUACAUAUACAAAAACUACAAAACACAUUUGAAAUAAUUUAAAUUGAAAACAAAAUUAAACAAAAUUAAACAAAAUCAUCCCAUAAGAGGCACUGAAUAACGGAGAAGAACACUUUAUACAGCCCGAAUUUGUGGCCUUGUUUCAUUCUUUUGAUGCGCCUGAAUCUCACCUCUUGUGCUGUUUUGUCAAAGCUUCGCUAAAUUUAAUUUAUGUUUGUUUGUGCAUGUGUGUGUGUUUGUGUGUGAAAAUUUAUCGCUUCUUGAAGGACACUACUAUUUCUCAUCCUGUGAUUAAUGUUGACUAACUGCCAGUCUAUAAAGAUGUGUAUAUACAUAUGUACAUAUCCACACACACAUAUAUACACACAUGCUUAUAUACUUAUAUAACAUAUAUGCACAAACAUGUAUUUAUGUAUGUAUAUUUAUACUUGUUCUUUUUGUCUGGGGAGGUGUUUUUUUUUUUUUUUUGCCUUAUGGGUUCAUGUUAUAUACUCUAAAAAAAAUAUCUGUGUAAAAGAAUUCUUAAUUAUUUUCCCAAAAUCUGGUUUCUUGUUAAAUGAAGUAAUUAAAUAUAGAAUCCCUGGUUUAUUGCAACAGCAGCAUUUUAGUGGCGGGGCGGGGUUGUGUUACUGGUUAAUGUCACCCUCUGAUUAAAUGAUAUUCGCAGUAGUUCAUUAUCAGUUUGUCUAGUUCCUUGCAUCUCAAUUUCUCACUUAUCAUGAAAUAUAUGAAUCUGAUCGUUGAUCUAUAUGGCCUAUUGCCACAUGACAAACUACCAUAGUGAGACUCAUCCAACCCAUGCCACCGUAGAGUAAUAGAUGUAAAUUAUAUAUAUAUGUAUAUAUAUUAGUUAUAUCUUCUCUAAGGUUCUUGAAGUCACACGCCCCCUUGAGUUAUGUGCCAUCAUUGAAACAAAUUGGCAAAUAGCUUUCAUCUUCAUUGAUGGUCACCACUUUGCCUUCAGUAUUCUCAAGUGAUGUUAAACAUCACAGUUGAUGAACUUGUGAAAUCAAGAUCAUCAACAUUGUCCAGAUUCAGAUAUUUAGACCCUGUUAAUGUCUUGAUCACAGUUGCUUGAUGGUGAGGUAUUUGACUUGGCUGAAGGAUGUAGUCCAUUGCAAUCACAAAGAGAAAAAGGGUUAGAGUGUCUCUAUAAAGGUUACCUGCUGUUAUUGGAAACUCUUUUAAGUUGGAUUGUUUGUUCUUUGCAUAAGUCUUGAUGGGUUUUCAUGCAUGGCAGUGAUGGCUUUGACAAUCUCUUGUGAGACACCAAAGUUUGACAGAACACAAAAACAUGCUCUUUCUGUUGAUAUUAUGAAAUUAUUUAGCAAUUUUGAUUUAUAGACUCAUUCCACCAAUUUCUGCUAUUAUUAUUCAAUACAGUGUAGACUUUGUUGCUCAUUACUAUCAUGUUGAGCUGAUCUUUCGGAUGUUCUGUUCUGGAAACUUUUGCAUCUAAAAAGAUGAAGACAAGUCCAUUCAAUCAUAUUGAUACUAUUGGCACACAAUAUGAAAAAUGAUUAUUUCUCAAAAACCAGUGAGAGGGUAGUUUCUUGAUAUGGCACGAAAUGCAUCUUGGUUGGAACCACUUGGAGAAAUAGAAUUUUCUCCAACAGACAGCCUCACUACUUGUGGACCUUCAUAAUCUCUUUGAAGAGGUAAGAUCAGACUUCAUCACUUCUUCCCAUGUCAUCCUCUCUCACAUGUCUCAACCACUUCAGUCUUCUCUCUUACAACAUCUUAUUCCUCCUAUACCUAAUUUUUUUCUUUGUCAUUCAUUCACACUAACAUUUUACAUCCAGCAAAACCUGGUCUCAUUUGUCUCCAAGAUGGCACAAGACUGAAUUGAAGAUAAAUCAUGUUAUGUUGAAAUGUUGAGCUGAUUUAUUUGAUAAAUUUCGACAAAUCAAGCAAGGAAUAACAGUGUUUAUGAGAUAAGUUAUAUCAAUAGUUCAGUUCAAAUAUUAUUGUUAUUAUUGUUAUUAUUAUUAUUAUUAUUAUUAUUAUUAUUAUCAAGUUGAAUCAGUGAAGACAACCAGUCUUCAUUGGUUGUCUUCGUGCCAAUAAUAUCAGCCAAUUCACACUCCAUUAUCAUAAAGGAAGGAAGGACACAUUAGAUAAUGUAUUCAUAGAUAUACGUUGUCUGCAAAAAUUUGAAGACAGAAUGUUGUAAAUGGAAAGAGAGCAUGGUCAUAAGUGAUUAUAGACCAUACAAUCUGGGCUGGUGCUGAACUACUAAUUUAGAAAUUUAAAAAUAUGAUUAGCACUUAGUAAAAUUAUUAUUUAAUCGAAUUUUUGAGGAAAAUCUAUCAAAAAUACAAAUGUACAUGUUUCAAUAUUGUUUGAACAAAAUAUAAACCAACAUUGAUUUCUAUUUAAUUGUUGACUUGAAAGUUACAUAUCACACACUGCAUAUGUUGUUGUUGUUGUUGUUGUUGUUGUUUAGCGUUGGCUCAUUCAUCUCAUUGAGCACAUCUAUGACUGAAGAUGUUGAUGGUGGAAAUGUUAUUUACCCCUAGCCCUCAUCAAGCAGACCAAUGAAAAUGUUUAAGCCAUGACCUAUUUUUCAUUAGACACAGUAUAUCAUGAACUACAUUAUUUAAUGUGCCCUUGCAUGUUUUUAAGAUUAUUUGGUGUAAUUUGAGGGAGAUUUGGCUGUCAUUUCUAGCAGGUCAGAUGACCACAUAGAGGGUCUUCCAUUGGUUCCUAGAUGCAACUGUGACUUCACAUUUCAAUGCAUCAUUCUUCUCUCUCUUCCCACCUCCUCUGUUUUUGUCAACUUCUUUAUACACUGGUUCCAGGUGAGAUUAAAAAAAAAAGACAAUUUAAAUACUUCUAAUAUAGCUUCCUUCACCAAAUUGGGCAUUUUCAUUGGAGCCCCUUCUUCUCCACAUCAUAUCUCUUCUUAAAACAAGUUCCGUGAAUUUACUUUAUGUAAAGGAAAUAUAAAAGGAAAAAAAAGAUGUUUAUAUUUCUUGUGAGAAACAAAAACUAAGGUCCAUCAAAAUAUUAAAAUAUUAAGUUGGGAUUGAUGAAAACCAGGUCAGAAAGAUUCAUUCAAAUAUAUUUUUACAAAAUCAAUGUGAUAUUACUUUUUACACUAGAUUGACAAAAACUCCCUUCUCUGGUAGCUGAUUCAGUUACAAAAAGGAGUCAAAAAUCCCGAAAUUCUGCUUUGUGUCAAUGUGCGUGUCUGUCUGUGUUCCAUUGUUGUUUAUGAAGAUAAAUUUUUUUUUUUUUUUGGAAAUUAAUUUAAAUUUCACAGUAUUUUGAGGGUUUUGUUGUUUUUUUUUUUCUUUUUGCUUAUUUAAUGUUGGUAAUACUGAAGCUUCAAUCAUUGUUCCUGGGUUAUCAUAAUGCAAAAGUUCUUUGUGGUCCUCUGCUUACUGGCAAACAUGAAUUCUAUAGCAUCUUAUAUAUAUAUAUAUAUUAAUUUACAGAGACGUGUAUGUGUGUGUGUGUAUAUUAUAUACAUAUGAAUGUAUAUUUAUAUAUAUCAUCAUCUUUGAACAUUCACAUUACUUGCUGGCAUGGAUAGCAUGGAUUAUAUCAGAUCUGAGGUUUCUAUGGCUGAACGUCUUUCCUAACACUAACCAUGUUACAUUGUGUAGUGGGUACUUUUGUGGCAUCAGCACUAGCGAAGUGAUUGUGCGUCUUGCAUGACUAAGAUCUCCUUUGAGCAGGUGAUGCUACAGUAGAGAGGGACGCAGCUUUAGGUUAGGAAAUGCAGAGUUCAAAUAUGGAAGAAAGAAUCAAAACAGAACAGGUUUCUUGCUGUAGGGAACCUACAUGGCUAGUAUGGAGCUGGUAAGAGAGUGGACUGUCAAAAUAUGAAGUGAGUAGACAUGGAUGGGGACAGAAAAGGGAUGGGAUUGUGGCUGGGUAGAAGUUGCAAGAGUGUGUGGGUGACUGAGGGAUAAUGGGAAUAAGUGAGGGGAGUGAAUAAAAUAAAUAAAGAACAAAAGUUGAGAAGUGGUCAAUGAUAAAUAUGCAUUAGUGAGAAAGUAUGGAAGAGACUGGCAGAUGUAGUGAAAGGUGGACAGAGGUAAGGAGGUGACCAAUGAAAUAUUUGAAAUAUGGGGGAAGUCACUGAGUUUAUUAGGUUAUGGUUGACAGGAGUGAGGAGUAACAGAAUAGUAAUAAUACAGUGUAUAUAUAUAUAUAUAUAUAUAUAGUUUAACGUCCGCCUUCCAUGCUAGCAUGGGUUGGACGAUUUGACUGAGGACUGGCAAACCAGAUGGCUACAUAUAUAUAUAUAUAUAUAUCUCAUCAUCAUUAUCAUCGUUUAAUGUCCAUCUUCUAUGCUAGUAUGGGUGGGAUAGUACCACAAGAGCUGGCCAAGCCAAAGCCUGCACUAGACUUCUGUGACCGUUUUGGCAGGAUUUUUACAGCUGGAUGCCCUUCCUAACACCAACCACUCAGCAGAGUGGCUCAGUUUUAGCAAGGUUUCUACAGCUGAAUGCCCUUCCGAACACCAAUCACUUUACAGUGUCGACUGGGUGCUUUUAAGUGGCACCUGCACUGACAGGGUCACCAAGUACUUGGAAGACAAAAUCUUUUAAGAGUGGAGGAGGUGAUGAUGAAAAGGUUAUAGUGAGACAGAUACAGGUGUCUUGCUGUAGAGGAAGGUUACCUGGCCGGAGAGAGAAAGAUCAGGAAUGAAGGCAGGAACAGGUGUGGUACUGCAAAGAAAAUACAUGGUUACUGAGUGAAGUGCAGGAGAAGGAAAGAGAGUGGGAGAUCACAGGUUGGAGACAGUGGCAAAAUGCCAGGCAUACUCAUAUAUAUGUUUAUUUCUGUAUUCCUUUCUGUCGAAGAGCAUAGGCUCGAAACGUAAAAGACUUUCUUACUUCCCAACCAUUUAACUAAUACAUCUGUUUGUUUUUUUGUAAAUUCUCACUAUAGAUAUAUAUAUAUAUAUAUAUAUAUAUAUAUAUAUAUAUAUAUGAGAGAGAGAGAGA